UCCAAAACCAGGUGGUGUCGUUUUCAUGAUAAUUGCCAGAUAAACGACCAAUCGUUUAAGCCAUCAUUUGACAUUUCUUACCAGCUUAGCCUUCUCAGCCUGACAGUCUCCUGCCCGAAGUCUCGUCUUUCCCUCUACUCGCUAGCUCGGUAAAGCGUAUGAAAUUGCAGGGACAUUCGUAAGUCGUGAUGAACAAUUUGUCCAAUGCGGCUUUGAGAGACGAUAGAAAACAUUUUUGCAGCUUCAAACCCAUUCCAACCCUCGCUCUUUACAUUUUAAUACCCCUUUUCUUGUUGGGUCUUGCCGUUUCUGUCUUCUUUCUCAUUGUGGUUCGAAAUGCAGCUUUCUUCGUCUCCUUCGUUUUGCUCUUUUCUCUCUUUUUCGCUUUCAUAGGUUGGAACACCCACAACUGGAGGAAAAAAGGUGCAAUUUUUCUCUUCUUCCGCUCUUUUCCUGACUCUGACAUUCGCCGUGCUAAAGAGGGUCAGCUCGUAAAGAUAACCGGGCUUGCAACUUGUGGCAGUGUCUCACUGGAAUCUUCAUAUGAAAAGGCAACCAGAUGCGUCUAUGCAUCCACCCUUUUGUAUGAAUGCAGAGGAUUUAGCAUGAGACCAGUGAAUAUAAACAAAUCAUGCUUUCGUUGGAAUUUAGCUUAUUGUGAGAGGUUCUCUACAGACUUUUACAUAACAGACCAGAAGUCUGGGACACAAGUGGUGGUGAAAGCCGGUUCCGGCAGCAGGGUUAUACCAUUAAUUGCAGAGAGCCAAAUUAUUCAUACCACAGGACAAUGCAGAAUCUUAUCUCCUCACUUGAGAAAAUGGUUAAAGGACCGUAACCUCUCCGCUGAAGCUCGAUUUCUGCGUCUAGAAGAAGGGUAUGUACAGGAAGGUAGCUCUGUGACGGUAAUUGGAAUGUUGCAUAGAAACGAUGAUAUUGUCAUGAUCAUUGAACCACAUGGGGUAAUUUCCACAGGAUGUAUGUGGCAAAAGCUUCUUCUCCCUGUUGACAUUGAUGGGCUCCUAAUUGGGAUCUCUCAGAUGACUGUCCCUGUGACCACCCAAGAGUCAGGCCAGCCCAUAGAACAGUAAUGUCUAACAUACGAAAUUAAUUGUCAUCUAGGAUGAUUUUGAUGGUGAGAACGUCUUUUAUAAAGUAUAAACCUCACUCUUUUUGGUUAUAUACUUCAAAAUUUGAAAAAUAUGCAUCCUCACUGUUUUUGUUAACUUUGGUUCUUUCCCACCAAGAUAUCCGUUUUUUUAGCUUAUGCUUCAGUUAUUGCUUAUUUGAUGUGUAGGAUUCGGAAGAUAUCUUUUCCUGUGAAAUGUCUUCUGAUUCAAGUUGUUGAGUUUGAUAUGGUUCGAACCCUUGUUUCCAUAAUUUUUGCUUCAUGAAUUUUAUGAAUUUUAUGUU